GAGCGGGCCCACGCAUGCGCACAGCCGGCAGGAUUCUGUCCCUCCAUGACAUCCAGCGGGACUGACUGCUGCUGUUGCGCACACGGAAAGAGGAGUGUUCGUCAAAUACAUGAUCCUCCUAAUCCCUCAACGUUCCUCAAGCUCCAGGACUGAUAGAUAAUAACGCGCUCGAGAGGAAUCCGCAGGCCUAAAGGACGCAGACACGGAUAUCACGGCGGUUCGGUGACUGCAAUUGAUUGGGAUUUUUCGAGGAUGAGGCUGAUCAAGAGCACACAUGCGGAUGGAGGACAGAAGCGCGAGCUGCCUCCUCCAUUCAGGAACCCGUUCGUGCAUGACUUGAGAUUCACGCCCGUCCAGAAGCUCCAGAUUGGUUUGAUGACAGUGACUGUGUUCCCCAUUCGGCUCUUCAUUGCGGCGUUCAUGAUGCUGUUGGCCUGGCCGUUUGCCUUCAUCGCGUCCGUGGGCCGCUCCGAGACAACGGUGGAGCCGCAGUGCUUAUGGAGAAAGGUGGUGGACGUGGUGCUGAAGACCAUCAUGCGGGUCAUGUGGUUCGCGGGCGGCUUCCACUGGAUCAGUGUUAAAGGCAGAAGGGCUCUGCCCACCGAAGCGCCCAUCCUCACCCUCGGCCCUCACUCGUCAUAUUUCGACGCUAUUCCCGUCACCAUGACCAUGGCGUCGAUUGUGAUGAAAGCAGAGAGCAAAGACAUUCCUGUGUGGGGAACUCUGAUCAAAUUCAUCCGGCCUGUGUUUGUGUCGCGAUCAGAUCAGGACUCCAGACGGAAGACGGUGGAAGAGAUCAAGAGAAGAGCUCAUUCGGGAGGAGAGUGGCCUCAGAUAAUGAUAUUUCCUGAGGGCACGUGCACCAAUAGAUCCUGUCUAAUCACCUUUAAACCAGGAGCGUUCAUUCCAGCAGUUCCUGUACAGCCUGUAGUGAUCCGCUACCCAAACAAGCUGGACACUAUUACCUGGACGUGGCAGGGGCCUGGAGCAUUUAAGAUCCUGUGGUUGACUCUGUGCCAGUUUCAUAAUGAGUUUCAGAUUGAGUAUCUGCCCAUAUACUCGCCCUCAGAGGAGGAGAAGAAUAAUCCAGCGCUCUUCGCUCACAAUGUGCGCAGCUUGAUGGCAAAGGCCCUGCAGGUCCCCGUGACAGACUACUCGUUUGAAGACUGUCAGCUAGCCAUGGCUGAGGGUCAGAUCAAGCUGCCCGUGGACACGUGUCUGCUGGAGUUUGCUAAACUGGUCCGGAGUCUGGGGUUGAAGCGUGAGAACUCGGAGAAGCUCUUGCAGGAUUAUGGGAACAGGGCUCAUAAACUCCAGGGCGAGAGACUGAGUCUUGAAGAUUUCGCCGAGUUCCUUGACCUGCCCGUGUCGGACGUACUCAGAGACAUGUUUGCUCUCUUUGACGAGCAUGAAGACAACUCGGUGGAUGUCCGAGAGUUUGUGAUCGCGUUCUCUGUGGUGUGUCGGCCUGCAAAAACACUUGACACCAUCAGGUUGGCCUUCAAGAUGUUCGAGGCAGAAGAGGACGGUGCGAUCACAGAGAACGAGCUGAUGUGUGUGUUGAGGACGGCGCUGGGCGUUGGAAAACUCAAAGUCAGCCGUCUGUUCAGAGCCAUCGAUGAAGAGGACACUGGCAAAAUCACUUUCGAGAGCUUUAGGGAGUUUGCAGAGGAGCAUCCCGAGUUCGCUGAGCAGUUCCUCUACUCGGAAAAUGCAGGAUUCGGCAGCAGCUCCCCUCCUCACGCCAACGGCUUCUGCGCUGAUUUCAGCCCGAGAGACCACCACGCUCCUCAGAAGAAACUCGACUGAGCCCAUCUUACACGUCUCUGAGAGGGCGAGGGCGGAGCAGCAUUGCAAAGUUUACCACCUGGUAUCCAUGACAUUUGAUUGGUUACUUCACGCUUGCCGGUUUUCUCUUCCCCCUCAGCAUCAUUUCUGUCGUUUUGAGAUCGGGAACUUUUCUUAUCAUGAUUAUUGUAAGAGCAAAUUGAAUGGAUUUUUUUUUUUUUUGUAAAACUACUACUUGAAAGCCAAGCACUUAUUUCAUUCUCAUUGGGUGAUCUAUUUGUGCGAGUGACACUUGACCGACUGUGCAUGUUUUUUUUUUGUUUUGUUUUUUUAAAUACGGUAGAAAAAAGGAAGUAAGCAAAUAAAUGACCCAGUCAGUAACGGAUCGAAACGGUUUCCUCGGUUGGCUUGCACUCUCUUUUUCAGUCCCUCAACCGUCCACAUCUUUUGUUUUCUGACUGUAGAUGCCUUUAUGAAUUCAUAAGUAUUUGCAUGGGCUUGAUGCUUGAUAGCAGUAUUACUCAGUGUUUGACUAAAAUGAUCGUUGAGCGCCAGUGACAGAUAUCUGAGCUCUGUCUCCUCCUGCUGGAUGUUUAUGAGGAUCAGAUUUGAGGUGCAAAAUGCGAUCGAUUAAGUGCUGGUCUGAAUCAAAAUGAGUCAGUUUUUAUUCCUUAAUAUUUCGUCCCUUAGCUCAGGGGUGCGGGAAUGUGGCUAUCUGUUUGUUUUGUUUUUUUUUUGGUGUGUGUGGGUGUGUUCUUUUCAUUCCUCUUUUUGUACAGUAAGUUGCACUGUACUUUUGUAAAUUCUGGACAUCCAAUUACCAAUUUAAUCCAUGAGCAAGUCUCAGUCAGCUGUUUCAGCUUGGGUUUUUGGGGGUCAUUUUUACGUUUUAUUUUGAUUUACUUCAGGUAUUGAAAUAAACAUAACAUUUUACAUUUAUAUGGACCAAAUACAGAAUAAUAACUGUGGUGUAGUUAGAGAAUCAGGAUUCUGAAAAAUGCUAUUCAUAAGAUAUAGUAUAUAUAUAUAUAUAUAUAUAUAUAUGAUGGAGUGUUUACCUUUUUGAUAGACAACAUAUUCCUGUAUUUUUCUAUUUUUCACUGAGAGGCAAGUGAAAAAUUGACAUCAUGUCCAACAAUCCGACCAAGAAAAGCGUCUCUUUCUAAUGUUUUUUGAGUAGAGUUUCUCUCUUAAUGUUUAUCUGCAUCUUGCGUCAAGUAAAGUCUUCCUUCAUUUCUUUACACAAACAAUCGGAGUCCAACUAUUGAAUCCCUAAUGAAUGAUAUUUUGUGGUUAAUGGACAGGUUGUUCACAAAAAUGGUGCCUGUGAUUUUUUUUUUUUUUUUUGAAAACAUCGACCUAAUUGAAUUUUUCUUUUUUUUUCUUUUUGUGAAAGUGAAAUGCAGUCAUUUUCUUAAAUUUCAGUCUUGAAAUUGAAUCUACCACAAAGAUUUCAAAAGUUUAUUUUGCUAAAAGAUACUGUUAUUAUUCAUAACUUUUUAUAAGAUUUUUUUUUUAAUGAUUGAUUAGCUAAUGUGAAGGAUACAGAUUUGACUUCUUGAUGAGUAUCAGUUCAGUGUUUAGUCGCGGUCCACAGCGUUUUGUGAGCAUGUACGGUUAGACAUCUGCAUUUAUUACAAGAUCCUGAUCCUGGAUCUGUUUGAUUCACACUUUAGUUUUCUAGUGAAAUCUUCACUGUUAAUUCUCAACUGAACUUAACACCACGGCAAAGCAAUAUUUUAUUGAUGUCAUCACCUUUUUUUAACAAAAACAAAACAAAAGAAAAAACACACUUCUGAUAUGUAUUUUGAAUAUUCCGAGUGCGGGGCAUUUUGUGAAUUUUGCUAUACAUAAAAGAAUUUCUUCUCACUGCCAUGAAAGAUCUGUGAUCUAAAGUGUUAUUUUCAGAUUGACCUGGUUUAACUAGAUUAGCUCCUUUGUACAUACAUUUGUGACGUUUUCCUUGGUGAUGGCUUUAUGUAUGUUAAUUAUUGCUGUUUCAGAUUCUUUUUGUCUUAUACACAUUUCAUAUUAUCGUUGGCCUUGAACUUCAAUGUAGUUUUAAAGAGGAAAGGAGAAUGUAUCGACAAUCCAUCACAAUCAACAGUCAAAAGCGCAUCAAACUUCAGUAUUGGCGAGCGAAGGAUCUCGACCCUGAUGUACAGUCUCUCGUGCACAUGAUGGUUCGAUUAUCCGGCUCAGUCCAGUACUCAUGGAUUUCCCCCCCAUGUUUUCCAAAUUUUGGUGUACAUUUAUUUGUGCUGGCACUUUAGAUUUUUAAGCCUUCUUUUCAUGAGUUCUCUGACAAAUGUGAUGGUAUGCUGGUGUGCAUGUUCAGGUGAUUGGUUAUAAUGUUACAGUGGCUUUGUAUCAAUAUGUACCCGUACAGACCACUGAUGAAACUGGAUUGAGUAGAAAGGGAUUGUGGGUUCUCUCUGGAUCUGAUGGGAAUCGUUGUUUUGCUGUGUGUAUAGAGGUGAAUCUCAUGAAUGUUUAUCUUCACCCCUAAAAACCGUCAGUGGACAAUUAAGGACAAUUAAGUGUUUGUUUUUUGCAUUGUGACAUUUUAAUGACUAUUAAACGUAUUACUCAUGAUAAUCCAGCUAAAUUACCACAAUUUAAAUAAAUAAUAUAUCAUGGUUACUGCCUUUGAUUUAUGCUGAUUUAAUUGUAUUAUCUUAAAACUAAUGAGAAUAACAAAGCAAAAUAGUCAAACAGCUGGAGGGGGAAUGUGAAGCAUAUUUUUAUAGGUUGUUUUGCAGUCUGACAUUUUCAUGACUAUUAAACACAUUUAAAUCGUUACUAAUGAGAAUAACAAAGCAAAACAGUUAAAUAGCUGGAGGGGGAAUGUGCUUUAAUUGUCAUGAAAAUCUCACAAUUUAAAAGUAUCUUAAUAGUUUCUUUAAUAUCACGUUUUCUCUUGAGAUUCAACCGUAGGCAUUGCAAUCUUAUUUGAUUAUUUGCUGAAAUGGCCAAAUCAUUAAAUCAUAUGUAACAAUCAGAAAUGUGUGUUGGUUUCAGACCAGAGCAGAUCCCAGUCUCCUUUCUCACCAUUGCAGAAGCAGUAAAUUAAGAUGGAUUUUCUUUUUUCAUUUUUUUUUUCAUCAGUUUUCUAUAUGAAAUGAGGAUCCAGCAUCUCUCUGGAGUGUAACUUUAUUUUUAAGCGUAUGAUUUAUUUUAAAUACCUCACAGGAAGAUCUGCUCUUCUCUGUGUUUGUAAAGGGUUCUGUAUUUAUGUCUCUUCUGCCUGUAACGGCAUGUCCUUCACUGAGCUGAAGAAGAAAGACUGAACUCAUUCAGGUCAUGUGUCUUUCUGAUGGCUCUUCGGACACCCGUCCGGCUGACGUAGAUGUUUUAGGUCUGUUUUCUAUUUUGCUCUGACUUUUAUUUUGUAAUGUAUCAAAAGAGUCAUUUUUACAAGAUACCUGGGCUUGUCCGUUUUGACUGCAAUGAAAUGACUUGUCAUUCUGACUCUUUAAUAAAAAGGGACACUUGACUACA